CAAAAUGGCGGCGUGAUCUCGCAUCUUCCCUCACAUUAGUGGUCAAUUGUUUUGUGCAGGUAGGCUGCCGUUCUUUCACCCAUCAAGGUAUUAUGGGGAAAGAACAAGACCUUCUGCAAGCUGCAAAAACUGGAAAUGUCGCACAUAUCGAGAAGAUUCUCGGUCACAAGACAAGAAAAUCUGGAAUUCAGAGUUUGAUGAGCAGGACCGUCAACUCUAACCAUCAAGACGAACUUGGAUACACUCCUCUUCAUUAUGCAGCGUUGAACGGUCACAGGUCAUCAGCUGAGCUUCUUUUAAAGUACGAUGCCUCGACAAACAUUCCAGAUAAUUCUGGAAACUUUCCCCUUCAUUUGGCGGCAUGGAAUGGCCAUGCUGAUGUGGCUAGAGUGCUUAUAAAUACAGGACCAUCAAGAGCGAAUGUCAAUGAACAGAAUGGUACAGAGGACACAGCUUUACAUUCUGCGUCACAGUUUGGGCAAAGUCUCGUGGUAGCUGUUUUACUCGAGAAUCAUGCGGAUCCCUAUAUUCGUAACAGUCGUCAGGAGUCACCUCUUGAUUUAGCAGCGCAGUAUGGUAGAAUGGAAGCUGUCAAGCAGUUGUUGAGCUACCAUCCCAAUCUCCUUGAUGAUGUGACUGUGGUUAGAACACACACUCCUCUUCACCUCGCUGCUAGAAAUGGCCAUAUGAAUGUGGUGUCAUAUUUCCUCAGUUGUGGAAUGGAUGUCAAUACAUCGGGUGCUUCAGGAACAGCUCUUCACGAAGCAGCACUGUAUGGUAAAGUGGAUGUUGUUAAUCUUCUGUUACAGUGUGGAAUUGAUGUCACUGUCGUGGAUAGCAGCAACAAAACAGUGUUGGACCUUUUAGUCUCACACCCUUCAGGAAGAACAAGGGAGAUUAAAGAACUAAUAUACGCCUCCAGCCUCAAAGAGCCUGUAUCUAAAUUAAGACGGCAAAAGACUGAAUACAAACCUGGUACAAGAAACUCAGCUAGGACAUCAGGCACAUUUCCUGGGUAUCCUGAGCGUCCAAAGUCAAUGGCCGUUCCCAGGAGACCAACCUAUGAUACUGUACCACGUCAGACAGUUGUUGAUUCAAAUUUCCUUCGAAGAUCGGGGACUUACGAUGCCGUGCCUACUCAGCGAACAAGACAGGAAUCAUUUAAGCAGCCAAGUUACGAUACUGUACCACCACCUAAAGCUGCGUCUGAAAGACACACUCUUAACGAGACGCAAUAUGACAAAGUAGGGUCCAGGACUCCCAAUAACAACAAUUUUCCCCCUCUUGAUGAAGGCUACUACUUGAUGGGUGCCCCCGAGCAACCUUCCACAGAAUUACCACCCGGUUACAGUCUUGUUGGAGUUCCAGGCUACCCUGGGGCAGUCACCAAUGGGCGAUGUCCACUGCGGCCAGGCAGUACCUAUACUGAAGUACGAAAAGAAGGCGAGACCACUGUCUCACCUUGGAAAGGGCCUCCUUCUCAAAUACGAGAGGGUAAUUAUUCCUAUCUUGGAUUCCCUGGGUCAGCUGGAGAAAAAGAACCUCUUACCGUGUCAGGUAUGGCUGGUAAAGACAUUCCUGGGUAUUGUUUGGUUGGUGAGACAACCCGUCCACUUGCACAGUUACAGAACCAGAGUGGAGGUACUUAUGACCAUGUCAAUCUGCCAUCACGACCAAAUCCUGACGCUAAUCAACAUAACAGUGUCUAUGAAGUACCCUUUUCAUCGCUUAGGGGUAAAGGAAAUGGCCAGGAGGCGAAUGACACUCCCGUUCAAGUUCCCCCAAGAGUUUCAAGGGGUCAGUCGUUAGAUGUGUACGAAAACACCAGUAUUGGAAAUCAGCCGGUCAAACAGCCAAGACAGCAAGCUACUAAUUACGACUUUGUGUCCCUCCCGCCACGAAAAGCCACCAUGGAACAGCCCUCUUACGACAUAGUUCCCCCGCUGAGUCGAGCACCUGAUGAUCAGCGAGGUAGCCUAGAGGUGAGCUCAUCAGCUACAGGUGGAAGGACUCCAACGGACCGACCCUGUCCCUUGGACGCACCAGGGUACGAAAUUGUACAACCACGAAAGUUUGGCUCUUUCGCUGGCAACUCAGCGCCUGAAAUGCAACCCUUUGCAGCUCUGCCUGGGUAUGAAGCCAUGGCCCCGCCACAGGAUGAGGGAUACGAAAAGCUGGCCCCUCCACCUGACAUACCACAGCAGCUGAGCAGCCGUGGAGAUUAUGAAACCCUUGCUAUGAUAAGUCCUCAAAGAACAGGGUCUCAGACAGAACCACCACGUGUGACCCAGCAACGGACCAGUGCAGUGAACAUUCCUGGGUCAACUUCUCUGUAUGAGUUUCCCCCGCCAAUGACUUCUCCCGUUUAUGAAAUUGCACCAUCUCCACGGAACGCAACUCAGCUUCCUCCUCGACAAACACAGACUGCCCCUCCGCCUCAGGCCCCAGUUAAUUAUGGAGUACAGUGGAUCGAGAAGGAACCAGAACAAGCUCAACCUAAGGUCCCUCCACGAAGAAUGAAUGACUAUUGCGACUGGCAGUCUCUCAAGAAACAAAAUCUUACGUCGGCUGCAAGCCCCCCUAAAUCUGGACCCUACGAGAAAGUGCGCCUUGAGGGUCCAUCAGAAGCAGGAAUAGUAGACUUGGACAAAAUGCGGUGGAGAGAAAGCCGUGGUUCUGGAGGAGAUUAUUGUACACUGUCACCUUCAGCUGUAAGACCUGGCGAAACUAUAAACAGAGACAGCAUUGCUUCCAGCGUGUCGUAUGUGUCGGAACCUACAAUGACACCGCCAUUUUCUCCUCCGUCGCCAAACACUGCAGAAGCUUCAGUAUUUGAAGUAUUCGGAUCCUUGCAACCCUCAGAUAUGACGACAAUUCCAGAAGCCCCCGGAGAUGUCCAAGAUCAACCAAACCCCCCUCGACCCAUUCCACGUAAAAGAACCAAACCGAAGCUUCUUCCCCGCGACGAUAGCUUACACGAUGAAGAAUAUGCAACCCAGCUGGGGGAAACCACGAGAGCUGAAAGCAGUAGUGCUUCUUUAGAAAGGAGUCAAGAUCCGUUUAGUUUUCCACCUGCUAUAGCUUCCGCCCAAAAGAUGGACAGUCCGAAAAACAGUAAUUUUGCCGAGUUACACAAGCGCUUUUCGCCGCAUUCUUCGCGGGAGAACAUAUUUUCUGAUGUGAACGCUUCACCCGGUGGAGAACGGCAAGAACCCGACGGAGCCGAAUCUCAAAAUGAUGUGAGGCCUUCGCCGUUGGUUUAUGAAAAUGUGUUGUUCAGACGAAGCGAUGAAGUAAACAAGACCGAGGCGAGUGAUACCCUCGAGAACGGAACUGUUGUGAAGAGAGAUGAUUCUGUUGGGAGGCCUGGAUCAUAUAGGUUAAGCACACUGUCAGCGGAAAGCCCCAUGGAUGAGAGAGAAGAAUGGGAAAAGAUCGAAGCCUUCCUCUCUUCCAUCUCUCAGAUUGAUGUUCCUCACACUUUAGAGCAACAGAUCGCUGAUGCAGGCAAGGCUGGUACUAUAGCGGGCUGGCUGAAGGCACUGGAUCUUGGUCAGUACGAAUCAUGUCUGGUGGCCAAUGGAUUUGACAACAUCAUGUUCUUGAAUGGGGUUCUCGAGGAUGACGAUCUUAUGGUGAUAGGAAUUGUGGACUUUAACCAUAGAAGAACCAUCAUGGAAGCGGUGAAGACCUUAAAACCCUGUCCCCGGCUUAGCGACCCGGUGUCAACAAAGCCUGAGAGUUUGGAGGACUGGUUAGAGCUUCUGAGUCUCUCCGAGUACUUUGUUGUGUUUCAGCACAAUGAUAUUACCUCCAUGAAGAGAAUACGCAUGCUAUGGGAAGUGGAGCUAACGUCGGUCCUGGAAAUAAACUCACUUGGUCAUCGGAAACGAAUAAUGGCUUCACUUAAAGAGGAGGUGAAGAAUAUAGAAAGAGAGGAACCAUCAGAAAACACAGAGCUUGAAGACAGUAGUGCUGCUCUCGAAGUACAGUUAGCGGAGCUCAAGAUGUACUGUCCAGAUGAGAAACCGCUGGCCAUAACAACCACCGUGGCGACAAGGGAAGGUGAUCUGUUGGCGGCUGCCGAAGAGAUGACGGAUGGUCCUAAAAAGGCGAAUAAAAGGAAGUCCAAAGAACAUGGGUCUAUGAGGUGGAAACACGAACCUUCAAUGUUGUUAAAUGGAAGUGUUAAUUAUGGUACUCUGUAUCUUGGGUCGCAUGCAGUCAAGACAAUCACAGGGUUGCAGUCUACCGUUGAAGCAUCCCGUAAAAUCAGGCUGUCUACAGCCAAGCUUCAGAAAAUUCCCUCAGUGAUGUUAUCAGUGUCCGUGAAAGGAAUUAAAUUCAUUGAUGCGAGGUCAAAGAUUAUGGUCAGUAAUCACGACAUCAGAAACAUAUCGUACAUCACACAGGAUCCAGAAGACAAAAGAGUGUUUGCUUAUAUCGCUAAAGAUGCUAAAACAAACAACCAUUACUGUCACGUGUUUAGAAUGGAUACUAUGACUUUGUCAGAUGAGAUUACCAUGACGAUAGGGCAAGCUUUCGAGCUUGCCUUCAGUCACUUCAAGUAGUCUUAGAAACGCCAACUGGAGCAGUGACAAGACGGAUGCUCGGUCAAAACAGCUCAUAAAACAGAUCAUCAAGCCGAGAGGAGUAGAUUCAUUUAUUCACCUUGCAGUAUUAAAAUUCAAGUGUCGUACAUGGAAGAGAAAAGAGCAAUUUUCGAAAAAGGUCCCUGUCAGCUUCUUUAACUGAGAAGCUAUUUCAUAACACAGUUCUUGCGUGACGUGGCGUGACAAGCAUUACGUGACAAGAUGCUUCAUUGCCGCCAAAGUUUUUAAGCGUUCACACAGAUAAUGGUUGCAAUCGAGGAAAUGUUAGCGUGCCUAAAAGCUGUUUCUUUUAAUGAAUACGAAGUGUUUGCAUGAAAAAGUUCAACGUUCUCAUUCAAAUGACUUAGUAGACGAGUCGAGCAUGCCCUAUGUAUUCGCUUCAUUUGAGCGAAUUUACUUCUAAGCUCUGUGAUUGCCUGGGACUGAAGGAAAUCAAUACUAAAGGAUAAAUGUAUACAACAGAUUGUUUCAAUUGUCGCGGCUUAGAGACGAUCUUUAGCGUUUUAUACUGCCUAAUUUGAGAAUGAUCCUUUUGUGAUCCAUGUACUGAUCAAACAAAUUUAUCUAUUGUUUAGUUGAAGUUUAAAUGAACUUGCCACAACGGGUACAUACCCCUGUAAUUGAGGCGUUACCCUCUUUUAUAUCGCUGCUAUGAACAGUCACGUUAAUGUGGCUCAUGGUAUAAUUUUAUUGUCUUGUUGGUGUGGCUCAAUACUAUUUCAGGUGGAAUGCUAUUAAUAUGUUUUCCAGAAAAGUUCCAAUUUAUAUUUUUGUGCCAGAAUGUUUUUCCAAAAAUUAUACUUUUUUUAUAGAUGGUUUAUUUUUUUAACUCACGCAGAGAGAGAUAAAAUCAGUGAAAAACCCAGGUGUGAUUUAGAAAAGGGAAAAAUUAUGAAAAUUUGGUCAGGCGUUGUUCAGCGUAGCAGGACGACGAUCCUGACGAGGCGAUUUUGAAAAAUAAAAUUAUUUUGUACAGAAUACUUAAUAAAUGUGACUUAUGUGUUU